AUGCCUUCAACAACAUAUACUCACAAGGUGCAUCCCAGAUCUAUGAAGGUGGGUAAUAUUCGAAGCCGAGCUCAGCAUGGCUGGUCCAAGCUGGCUACGGCAGGAAAUGAUAUUCGAGAAAAGAGACUAGAUGAAGACCGAGAUGGGCAUAAACAGGAAAAACUGGAUCGAGCCAAGGAACGCCAGGAGAAGUCUGACCGCUUGAGAGAAGGGCCUGAAGAGGAAAUGUGGGAGGAAGAAUUAGUCGAGGGAGACGCCUCUGACAAUGAUAUGUACACUGAAAAUCUUUCUGAGGUAGACUUUUAUGAAGGCAAGGUUGACAGGGAAGAAGAGUCCUGCGAUGAGAUGUACUGGCAGGAUAUUUAUAGGGAUGAUGUCGACGAAGAUGGGACAAGCAAGAAAGAGUCGGCAAAAUAG